CGCCAGACUCGGCCCCGGGAGAUGUCGCGCGGUGACUGCGUCGCCAUGGAGCCGAGAGCGGUAGGUGUCUCCAAACAGGACAUUCGUGAGCAAAUUUGGGACCACAUGGAAUCACAAAAUUUAGCUGAUUUUCCCCGACCUGUUCAUCACAGGAUUCCCAACUUUAAGGGGUCUUAUCUGGCCUGCCAAAACAUCAAAGACCUAGACGUUUUUGCCAGAACACAGGAAGUUAAAGUGGACCCUGAUAAACCACUGGAAGGCGUUCGGCUGCUGGCGCUGCAGAGCAAAAAAACAUUGUUGGUUCCAACACCGCGACUGAGAACGGGGUUGUUUAAUAAGAUCACACCACCCCCUGGGGCAACUAAAGACAUCUUGAGAAAAUGUGCCACCUCUCAGGGUGUGAGGAACUGCAGUGUCCCCAUUGGCUUGGACUCCAGGGUCCUUGUGGAUUUAGUUGUGGUGGGAUCCGUCGCCGUUUCUGAAAAAGGCUGGAGAAUCGGGAAGGGAGAAGGCUACGCCGAUCUGGAAUAUGCCAUGAUGGUAUCCAUGGGUGCCGUCAGCAACGAGACGCCGGUGGUCACCAUCGUCCACGACUGCCAGGUCGUGGACAUCCCUGAAGAGCUCCUUGAGGAGCACGACAUCACCGUUGACUACAUCCUCACUCCGACCAGAGUCAUCGCCACAGACUGCAAGCGCCCACAGCCAAUGGGAAUCACCUGGUCUAAGGGGGUGACCCCUGACAGCUGUCCCCUCAGUGGAGAGGAGACCCCUGUGGUCCUGUUAAAGUCCUCAUCCCACCCAAAGGCACAGAUCAGCCGGAAGAUGAUGGAGAAAAUCCCAGUAUUGAGGAGCCUCCGCGCCCGAGAGCAGCAGGCUGGGAAGGAUGUCACCCUCCAGGGUGAGCGCCAGCACCUUCCGGAACCAGGCCGCCAGCAGGCAGUGCCCCUGAGUGCGGGCAGAAGGCCCCUGGACACACCCGGGCCAGAAGCCAAUUCCAUGGAGGCAACCGUUGGCUCCCCACCAGGGGAGGGUGCCCCGCUUGCAGCCGACGUUUAUGUUGGGAACCUCCCCCGGGACGCCCGUGUGAGUGACCUGAAGAGAGCCCUGCGUGAACUCGGCUCUGUGCCCCUGCGGCUCACCUGGCAGGGCCCACGGCGCAGAGCCUUCCUCCAUUACCCAGACUCAGCCGCAGCCCAGCAGGCCGUCUCCUGCUUGCAGGGCCUGCGCCUGGGCACCGACACCCUGAGGGUGGCACUGGCCAGGCAGCAGAGGGACAAGUGACCUUGUGGAGAGCCACAGAGCUCACUGCAGACUCGCCAUCCCCAUCCCCUGCCGCUCCGGUUCCCGUGGCACUCGAGAGGCCUGCGUGGCAAGACGUGGCAGAGCCGCCGCGUGAGCUGCUCGGGUCUCAGUUCUUCCCAGAAGUCACCACUCAGUGAACGCCCGGGGCCUCCUGUGAGUGGGGAAGCCAGCCCACAGCCCAUCUCACAGCACACAGAGACUUCAGCCUCCCGUUCGUGCAGGCUCAGGCCCUGAGCCAGUCUGUGUUUCUCUGGCGGGACAGAGCAGAGGGGCGGGGGACGGAGUGAGCGGCGAAGCAGGGGUGGGUGAUGUGAAGAUGAUCUCGGGUUUGCCAGGGGUGGGCUGAACGGGAGAAGAUGGACAGAGGAUCUGGCUCUCAGGAGGCCCUGGCCAGGACUGCAUGCCGGGUACAGAAGAGCGCCCUUGGACUUCAGGGUCCUGAGCUGGCAGCAUGGCAGGGAGAGCUCCAUCCACAUCACAGGAGCCCAGGGAGCUCAGCCCCUGGGUAAAAAGUGCUCACUGCAGCUCAGAUCAGUCCUCAGGUCACACUUUGGGGAGCCAGCGUCCCUUCUUCCCCUCCCCAGCCCACUCCUCCCUCUGCUGACACACUCCGGGCCCUCAGCCAGCUGGCUGCACGGGGAGCAACUUGGUGCUGUGGGAGAGACCCGCUCUGGGAGAACGGGUUUCAUCCCAGCCUACGUCACAUUUGCCCAGUGCCUUACGUUUUCUGGUUUUUUCCCUCCAGUUCUGUUUCUAAAAACCAGCUGGAGUUUGGCUGAACUGUCCUUUCUCAACAGAAGCGCUUUUGCAAUUGAUCCCGGGCAACAAGUCAAAAUAAGCUUUUAAGUGGAGAUGUUAUUUUUUUCAAAUGUAUAUGCUUUGGAAAUUUUGAUUUUUUAGCCAGAGGGUUUUACCAAGUGUUAUUUUAAGCACAUUAUUAUGCCUCAAGAGGGCAGCCCUUGCACGCACUUUAAAGAAAAUGUUUUCGGGACACUCAGUCUUCUCUUUGAAAGGGCAUUUUCUCACUGCUUUUCCCGUGAAAAUCCCGUGGAGACUUUGGAAAGAAAACGCGGCCUUAGAUUUGCUCAUUAAAGACUGAUUUCCUUCCCAAGUCGCCAUGAAUAAAAUGAGGGAGUAGAAACGGCUGGGAGCACCACACCUGGGCCCUGGGCCCACUGUGUCCUUGGCCUCCCCCCCCGCCGCCCCCCGCCACACGACUGGUCACAUUUGUCACUGGGCAUUCAGCUCCAUGUCAGAGGCCGACUCAGCCCCCAGUUCAGAGUAGUCACCUGGUUACACUGAAGUCCUCACCUUUUUCCUCUUUUUUUAAAGAAUAUUUCUCUUUUUGAAAGAUUCUCAUUUGUUUUUCUGUUUACCUUUUUUCUGUGGAUUUGCUGCCGUUAGAAUAGCAACUCGAGGAGAAGAGCAAGUGAGUCAUCCCUGCCUUGUCCACUCCCCGUCCGGCCAGCGGUGGGCACAGCCCUGCAGACAGGAGCAAGGACUGCUGGGAAUCGACCCACUGGAGCCGGGAGAGGGAGAAGCUGGAUUCUGACCCCACCACUGAAACUCCUGUGUCCAGCCAUGCCUGAUGCCCACCCCUCCCUCAGACGGCGGGAUUAAACCAGUCAGUACAGGCUCACUCAGGGAAGCCAGACUGCUGGGGGGUUUCCUGACACUUUAGCCGGAAUAAUCCAGGUAUAUGGAUACACAGAUAAUCUGAAGGAGUUUCUCAUUUUUAUAUUUGUGGAACAUUGUGUAAGAAAAACUAAAGAGCAAGUGCAUGAAAUAAAAUCCCCCACA